AUGUGGAAAGCCUUGCCCGUAUUGAUCUUGUUGUCGCAGGGAUUGGCCCAGUCUGCCGCGUUGGACAGAGAGCUCGAUGCACGCGUCCUAAAACCAGUCUCCAAGGAUGUCUUCGACAACAUCAGUCGCUACACGGCCUUCUCGGCCGCUGCGUAUGCCGAUACCUGUGAGUCUCCGCCGGGGAGCAAGGUGAUCCAGUACUUCUCGGACGAGGCGACCGACACUCAGGGCACUCUGUUUGAGGAUGAAGCCAGACAGGAAUUGAUCAUGGCCUUUCGAGGGACCUCAUCACCCAAGGACCUGGAUACAGAUCUCAUCUUCACCUUAGUUCCCCUCACUGCGCCGGGGACGAAGUGUCCCGACUGCAAGGUCCACAAACGCUUCCAGGAGGCGUAUGUCGCUGUGGAGUCUGCGGUUGUCGCCGCCAUCCAGAAGCACCAAUUGGGAUCUCUGACAGUGACCGGCCAUUCUCUGGGAGGAAGCAUUGCCGCCAUUGCGUCGAGUGCAUUUGCCGAACAAUUCGGUAAUAUCACCACCUACACCUUCGGAGAGCCUCGAAACGGAGAUGCUGCCUAUGGGAAAUACGUGUCCAGUUUAGUGUCCGACGACAACUACUUCCGUGUCACUCAUUCCAACGAUGGGGUUCCUCAGAUUCCUCCCACGCAGCUGGGAUUCCGACAUCAUGGCCCGGAGUACUGGGAAAAAGAGGCCGACAAGAACGAUGCCUCGACCACCCUGGCUUGUGGGACUGGAUCGGAGGUAAGUACUACAUCUCCCGGGGCCGUGGACGGAUCGCUAAUGGGUUAG